AGAAAGAGCUAUUAAAGGAGGAGAAGUAGUACUAGAGCUCUAUGAGCAAAGUUUGUUUGGGAUUAGAAAAAAAUUCCAAAAACUAACUAGCAGGAGUGAGUUCCAAAGCCAGGUUGUGCAAUGGGGAGAAGAAAGAUUGAGAUCAAGCGGAUUGAGAACAAUACAAAACGCCAAGUCUCCUUCUGCAAGAGGAGAAAUGGACUCUUAAAGAAAGCUUGUGAACUUUCUGUCCUGUGCGACGCAGAGGUGGCUCUUCUCAUCUUCUCCAGUCGUGGACGGCUUUAUGAGUAUGCAAACAACAGUACAAAAUCAACCAUUGAAAGGUACAAGAAUGCAUGCUUGGACAGCGCAGAAUCAAGCUCUAUUGCAGAAACAAAUACUCAAGUAAAUGAAUACUAUCAACAAGAAUCUGCAAAACUAAGGCUACUAAUCCAAAAUAUGCAGGAUUCUAACAGGCACUUACUGGGUGAGGAAGUGAGUUCUCUAAAUAGCAAAGAUCAGGAGCAAUUAGAGAGCAAGAUUGUACAAGGUCUCAUUAAAAUCAAGUCAAAGAAGGUGAUAGAGCUCGAAAAUGAAAAUGCUUAUCUUCAAGCAAAGGUAGCAGAAGUUGAAAGGCUUAAGCAAGCAAAUUCAAAUAUGUCUGUACAAGAUCUCAAUGCAUUUCAGGCAUUAUCUCUCAAUUCAUUUACUCCAAUUACAGUUGAGGAUAGCACUUCCUACUCACAGCCAGAACAAAACAUACUUCGUCUAGGGUAAAUUGUUCAACUACAAUUAUGCAAGUGGGGUCUUAGAUAAUGCCUAAAUAAAGAUCUCAUUGUCUACUUUCUCAUUAAGUUAUAUCGUAUUGAAUCACUUUGGCUUGUUUUUAUGUAGCAUCCAACAUUUCUUUCUAUGAGGUCAUCUUGUACUGGCACUUAUCUCUGCCUAGUAGUAUAUAAGAUAUUGGUGUGCUUUUAUUAAGGAGUAUAAUAUGAAUGGCUAGAUUAAUGCCAAGCGUAUUUACUAUGGUUUA